AUGCGCCCCACCGCCGUCGUCGGCGGUGCACCACAAACCGCCAGUGCACGCACGUGUUCGUUCCGGGAGGACGCGGCCGACAUGGCGGGCGCCAUCUUCAUGUCCAACAGCGAGACAAGGGAUCACUGCUUCAACACGGGAGUCUUCGGGCUACCACCAGAGUACGGGCCCUUUGUGGCCAAUGUCAAGCAGGGGAUGCCCCUGUUCCUCUUUGACUACACAUUUCGUAAGCUCUACGGUGUCUUCGAGGCUGCCUCGGAUGGCGGCAUGGAUAUUAGCAGGACCGCGUUCCGGUCCACCGGCCGCACGUACCCCGCACAGGUUUGCUUCAAUAUUGUUUGGAAGUGCAGACCGCUCACUGAGGAUGAAUUUUUUUCUGCCAUUGAAGAGAACUACUAUAUCUCAAAGAAGUUCUGCUUCGACCUUUCCUACCAGCAGGUCAUCCAGCUAUAUGGCUUAUUUGACAAAAAGAGGGUAGAGCACCCUAUUUGCAAUUAUUCAACAAGUGCUAAUCUAGAAAAGGAGCACUCAAGCAGAAGGAGACCAGACAAAAGGAGCUUGACUCCAAAUAGUCCUCCUUUUUCUGCUGAUCGUUCCCACACUUUGAUACCCUCGAGUACCCCAAAGAUCUCAACUGUCGAAACAAACUGCUCUGCUUCUACAAGCAUGCAUCUAAUUAUAGCACCUACUUUUGAGACACAACCAAGUGUGUCGAUGCCCUUGGUAACUAAACCUUUUGGAGUCCAGACUGCUCCCAUCCACAGCAACCAAAUAAAACUACCUUAUCAUAGUCAAGAACAUCCCCGAGAUGUUUCAGCAAUAGGUGGCACUUCAACUCAGGUGUCUGCUCCUUACUCUCAGACAACUAUAUACCACCAAGAUCAGUUUGUGGCAAAUCAGUCGUACCCAUCAUCUGAUGAUUAUCCGCACAAUAGCUUGUCUUCUGGGUGCAUGACACAAGGUCCAACUGAUGGAGUUAGGUUGUCAGUAAAGCAGUCAUAUGGAGGCAGUAUCUUGUCAUGUUCUCGGUAUUUACCUCCAGUUCCAACUGGUGCUGAAAGAAGCUAUUUGACCUCAACUCCGUAUUACCCAUCAUAUCAUGAUUCAUCUCCAGUUCCAACAUGGCAGUUCCUAGUCAGCGUCCACAAAAGAAUGUGUUUUCUCGCUUAUCAGUGA